GAGCUCUCCUAUUGUGAAGAUAUGUUUUCUUUUUAAAUUGUAGGAAAUUUCAGGCUGAUAAGACAUAACUCAAAAGCAAGCACAAUUUGAUGCAAAUAGGUGUUUGUGACAUAACCUCAAAAUAGAGCGCUGACACAGAGAAGUAGAAAACUGUGACAAUCCAGGAGGCCAUAAAGGCGCCAUACAAUUGUAGGGACGACUGAAGAUAUGGGCCUAAAGCAGAUCUUCCGUGAGAUAACCGUUACAAUCGUGUGACAAUACAAAUACAGGGUGGCCCAGAAAUAACACACCAGAGUGACAUGGAAGGUAGAUUGGCUUCAGAUCAAUCAGGUUGCCUGCAUGCACAUUUUCGAGCCAUCUAUGACAGAAACGGAACAUCACAACUAUUGCAUUACUUAUAUUUAAGAUAUCUAUAGGGAGUAAUUCAAGGCGAAGUUAGUAGGAGUACUAAUCGGUAGAUGCCACAUGCAUGCGUAAUUCCUGCGCCAUCUACGGACUGUUAACCAAACUCCAUAACUACUGAAUUAAUUGCAAUAAAGAAAUCUACAGUAGGCUACUUUAUCCAUUCUUUGUUCAUAUUCACACUACUAGAUGUCGCUAGCAGGUACAGUGUCGCCAUCUAUGCGCUGGCAACGUUGCAGAUAGAUGUAGAAUCUGAAUUUCCAAAGUUCGACAGGCCAUUGCGUUUUCGCAAACGAGAAACGAAUUUCGCAAGGCACUAGGUGGAAAGUGCUGGAUAAUAAAAAAGACAACAAAAACGAUAAGUUAGUUAGUUGUUAGGUAGUGGAAGAAUCUCAAAUUAGGCGUAAAGACAAUGAAUAUCCUACGUUCACUAGUGCUGGUUUGCUGUGUCAUAGCUGCAUAUUCCGCUGACAGUCCUCCAGCAACUCACAAAGACAUUGCACCAGCACCGGUACAAUUACCAGAGCAUCUAGAACCUCCUCGUCCAGCUGCAGCAGACGACAAUGUUCACCCAAAACCGCACCCCAAAAGUUCAACACUCCCUCCUACAACCCACGAACCUACUCCAUCUUCACCUAAAACCAGCAGCUCCCCCGCACCCACUACAACACCAAAAAGUACCACGACUCCUUCCGUCACGCCUAAAACCAGCACAGCACCGCCUAUUACACACCCCACCACACCUAAAACAACCGUGACUCCGCCCACAACCACCAAGGCCCUCCCACGCCCGCUCCGGCGCCAAAACCGGAAGUAG